AUGGCGUCUUCCAGCGCCAUUGGAAAGCUGUCACGCGAGGAGUUCCGUAGGCAAAAGGACCUCGAUGCUGCUCGAAAAGCUGGUACCGCACCUGCCGCAAUAGACGAGGAGGGAAGGGCUAUCAACCCUCAUAUCCCGCAAUACAUCUCUCAGGCUCCUUGGUAUUUGGACACCGGAGCGCCGUCACUCAACCAUCAGCGCCGGCCCGCGGAGGAGCGUGUUCCUCCCAAACUUGACGCUUGGUACGAUAGGAACAUACAGACUGGCCCGGCUGCGAAGAAGUACCGCAAGGGCGCGUGCGAGAACUGCGGUGCCAUGGGACACAAGAAGCAGGAGUGCACUGAGCGACCACGAAAGAAAGGGGCGAAGUACUCCAACAAGAACAUCCGAGCUGACGAGGUGCUGCAGGAGGUGCCGACGGGUUAUGAUGCGAAGCGGGAUCGUUGGAACGGGUAUGACACCGCAGAGCACAAGAACAUCUAUGAGGAGUACGAGGCGGUCGAGGCGGAGCGACAGAGGUUGAGGGAGGAGAAGAUUGACAACCAGACGACAACGGAUCUUGCAGCGGUCAGGAAGGUGGCGAAGGCAGGCAAGGGGGAGAAGAAGGAAGGGGAUGCUGACUUCGGGUCUAGCGAUGAGGAAGACGCAGAUGAGGACAAAUAUGCUGAUGCUGCGGACGCCGUCGGGCAGAAGAUGGACACGAAGACGCGGAUAACGGUCCGUAAUCUGCGUAUCCGUGAGGACACGGCAAAAUACCUCGUCAACUUGGACCCUUCGAGUGCGUACUAUGAUCCGAAGACGCGUUCGAUGCGCGACAAUCCGGUCCAAAAUAUGCCUCCGGAGGAUGCUGUGUUUGCAGGUGACAACUUUUUGCGGCACUCUGGUGAGGCGCCAGAUGUCCAAGAGUUGCAACUGUUUGCGUGGCAAGCAGCCGCGAGGGGCAAUGAUGUCCAUUUGAACGCCAACCCCACGCAGGGCCAGCUUCUUCACAAGCAAUUUAGGCAGAAAAAAGAAGAGUUGAAGGACGCAACGAAGAUUAGUAUCUUGGACAAGUAUGGCGGCGAGAAAUAUUUGGAGAAGGCGCCAAAAGAGCUAUUGCAGGGACAAACCGAAGAAUAUGUGGAGUAUUCGCAGACAGGUCAAAUCAUUCACGGUAAGGAACGAGCGAAAGUUCGUUCAAAGUAUCCUGAAGAUGUGCUCGUCAACAAUCAUGUCGCGGUGUGGGGCUCUUGGUACGACCUCGCCUCUGGAACAUGGGGUUAUGCUUGCUGUCACUCCGUCAUCCAUCUUUCGUACUGUACUGGAGAAUCUGGCAAGGAAGCCGCGCAAGCGUCCAGUGCUCAGAGUCUCCUUGCUUCGUCUGCUCCCGCUGCCCCUCAAGCUGAUGCUGCAUCUAAGCCACACUUGGAGGAAUCCGGACAUACUGACAAGGGUAAGGCGCCCGGAAAGAAGAGGUACGAAGAUGGGGAGAAAAUUGACCAGGAUAAAAUGACGGGGGUCCUCAACGAGGAGAGGAAGAGGAAAUCGAGGGCAGACGAAGGGGACGAUCGAUUCACGAAGAAGUCAAAAAGUGACGAGCGAGAGACCGAGAAGUUCGACGUGACUGAAGGCGAGCUGGAGGUAUAUCGGCGAGGCCGACGAAUGACAGAGGACCCUAUGGCUAAUUACGUGGAUACGGACGUAUAG